AGCCAGCCAACAAGCCGGUCAGCAACCGCUUCAUUGGAAUGACUUCACGUAGUAUAAUGAGCUGCAUUUCUCAUUCGAGCCGUUCUCUCGUACCACCAUGAUUGCCCAGCAGAAUGACGAGGAGACACCUCUUCUGCAACGACCAAAGCAACUUGAACCAACGGCCAAGACACCUCUUCCAUGGGAUCAAUUCUGGAUUCUCCUGCUCUUGGAGAUGCCAGAUUUUAUUUCUUCUGGGACCCUUGCGCCGUUUAUUCCUCAACUCGUUAGAGACAUCGGAGUCACUCACGGAGACGAAUCCCAGGUUGGUCGCUAUGUCGGCAUCCUUCAAUCAUCGUACUAUGCAGCUCAUGGCCUAACCAUUUUUCAUUGGAGCCAACUGUCCGACCACAUGGGGAGGAGGCCUGUAAUACUGACAGCUCUAUCAGCAAUUGUUAUUUCGAUGUUUUCGUUUGGGCUGUCGAAGACAUUCUUUGGUCUGGUGGUAAGUCGUGUUGUCUGCGGAGCAUUUGAUCCGAGCGAUAGUAUGAUCAAGAGCAUGCUGAUGGACAUCACUGACGCAACCAAUAUGCCCAAGGCAUACAGUUAUAUGCCAAUUCCGGUGAUGAUCGCAACCACAGUUGGACCACUCAUUGGGGGAUCACUCUCCCGACCAGCAGACAGAUUCCCUGAUAUCUUCGGGCGAUCAGAACUUCUGAAAACCUACCCAUAUCUCCUGCCGUGCUCUAUCUCAGCAUUUUUGAUAUCGACAAUUUGGCUAGUCACGUAUAUCCGUCUUAAAGAGAGCAUCUCUACCACUGGCAAAACACCGCUUUGGGAGCUAAUUAAAGGAGGAUUCAUCGGACAAUCAUACUCGAAGCCUCGCCAGCCAUCGAGCAACGUCAUAAUUGAUCCGGGGAGUCCUAAAGAAGUCCAAUCAAAGCCGCUUCCGCUGCGCGCCUUGCUAACCUCGAAAGUGUUGACUGUGACAGCGAGUUGUGCCACCAUGGGCCUGUUUCAAAUGGGGUUUGGUUCGGUCUUAGCUGUUUUCUAUGCGACACCGAUUGAACUUGGUGGUCUUUCCCUUGACCCUCCUCGCAUCGGUGCUUUACUUGCGGCAUCAAGUAUCAUACAAGGCAUAUUCCAGAUACUUUUCUACGCUCGUUUACAUGAUCGCUUCGGUGCAAGAGCUAUCCACAUCACCGGCGUUAGCUCCGGCAUACCCAUGGUCAUUUUAUUUCCGGCGACCAAUGCUCUGGCUCGAGCCUAUGGAAUAGGCAUGGCUGUGUGGCUGUGUGUUGCCGUUCAGCUUAUGCUGAAAAUUAGCUUGAUCAUGUGCUUCCCCUGCAUGACAUUAUUCAUCAGAGCAGCUACUCCCAAUCGCGCCUCGAUCGGAGCAACCAAUGGAAUUGCCCAGGUGGCUGUCACAGUAGGAAGGAUCGUUGGCCCGGCGUCUGCGGCUUCGGUCUUCUCUUACUCAUUGCAGGAAGGGCAUGAUGCAUGGUUGAUAUACUACUUCUUGACUGCAAUUGCAUUUCUCGCUAUAGGUACUGCUUUAUUGCUUCCCCGUGAUCCCAGUGUAUGGGAAGAUUCCCAAUAG